UGUUGGAUUGUUGGGAAUUCUGGGAAUAAUGCACGCGCAUCCCGCGGUCCGCUCGGAGCGGUAAUAACGCUGUUUAUAACGCUUUAAUCGCGCUGUUUAUAGCGCUGUAAUGUAGCGCGAGGUGGUUAUUAAGGAGAUACGAGUUUUUCGCGCAGGUUGUGGAUCUGAGGAGGCGGAUCAAACGCGCUAAAGGAGUGUGUCGGCGUGGUCUCCGUGGUCAGUGGUCAUCAUGCAGGAGUACACCGCGCUGCUCGUGCUGCUGACCUUUCACCUCACACACUGCCUCACACACGCCGGCCCCGCUGUCCCCCGGAGUGUAUCUGUGCAGCAGGACGUUUCCUCUCAGUCUCUGUUGGUGACGUGGGAGAGUGACUCUGCACUUUUCGACAUUGAGAUUUUACGCACUGAGCUGAUGGAGAACGUUUUCAACGAUACGGUAUCUGCUGUGGUUGAUCCGGUAUCGGGGAGGCGUGGUUGGACGUGGAGCUCGGUGGUUCCGCUACAGUGCACCUCCCACUCUGUGCGGAUCAGAGCGCGGGAACAGGAGGAGGUGAGCGAGUGGAGCCCCCUGCAGACCAUCGCCGGUUCUGAUGUUCCGGAUAGGGACGAGGCUCAGAUGUACCCGCAGGAUGCGGUGGUUGCCGUGGGCAGUAACUUGACGCUGUGCUGCAUCGCUCCAGAGAGGCAGCAGUUCGACAGUAUUCAGUAUAAACACCUGAAGCUACAGGUGACCAUGCUGAGCCGCAGGAGCUUCGCCGCCACGGUAACCAACCUGCCCAAAUCCAUCUCCACCGGCACCAACAUCAUCUGCUGCUCCAAAUCCACCACCAUCCUCACCGGAACCGUGGUGUUCUCCGGCUACCCGCCGGGUGAUAAGGAUCUGCAGUGUGAGACGAGGGAUCUGCAGGGGGCGGAGUGUAGCUGGAGCAUGGGGCGGGACACCGGCUUCUGGCGGAAAAAACUACUAACCACCUACACACUCAACGGCAGGCGCUGUGAGGAGGUUAAGAGGGAGGAGAAGAGGUGUGUGUUUGAUCACUGGGAGAACAGCUGGACUCUCACUGCUGCUAAUACACUCGGAUCCGUCCAGCUCAAUGACUCCGCCCCCAUCACUGACCGCGUGCGUCCGGUGGCUCCGGUAAACAUGGUGGCGGUGGCUCAGGCGUGGAACUCCAGUCUGCAGUGGAACUGGACGCUUCAGGCCUAUAAAACCCUGGAUAUGAUCUGUGAGGUUCAGAUCACCACCGGGGGGCGCUCUGACACUCGUAACUUCAGUGGUGUGGGUUUAUCGGAGGUGUUGUUGGAUGGUCUGAUGCCGGAUGUUCAGUACUCGUUGUCGGUGCGCUGUGGCUCUCGGCUCAGGUUCUGGCGGUGGGGAGACUGUAGCGCCCCCUACAGUAUACACACUCUAAUGGACCGUCCUGAAGCUCUGGAUGUGUGGGUGUAUAGGGACAGUGAAACCACCGGCCAGAUUCUGUGGAAAUCUCUCUCGGUGAGGGACAGUCAUGGAGCUCUGGUGGCGUAUGAGGUGUAUCAGAAGGAUGGAGAGGAGGAGGAUGGGUGGAGGAUUCUCUCUCUCCCUCCGUCUGUAUCCAGUCUGUCCAUCACUCUCAGCAACAGCAGCAGUGAUGUCAUCGUUGCCGUGGCAGCUCGUAACCCGGCCGGCCUAUCCCUGCGCUCCGUUCUGGUCGUCCCAGAAUUCCAAGCAGGUUCUCAGCAGGGCGUGUCGGAGCUGGUGGGCACUGAUGGGCGUGUGGACGUGAGCUGGCGGCACGCUAACGCUAGCGGAGGCUACGUGGUGGAGUGGGUUCCUGCAGCCUGUGCUGAUCACUGUGCUGUGCAGUGGAUAAGGGUUCCACAACUCAACAGCAGCACCAUCAUGCAACCAGGUUCUCUGGAGGCGGGUGUGCAGUACACACUCUCUGUGUUUGCAGUGUGUGAUGUGGGUACAGAUCUGGUGGAGAGGUAUCAGGUGUACGGGCAGGAGCUGGUUCCCAGUCACUCUGUUAAAGGCCUGUCUGCCCUGCAGUCUGGUCAGAACGUCCUGCUGUCCUGGAGUCCUGUAGACAUCUCCAAUCAGAGAGGAUUUAUCAGAGGAUACAGCAUCUACCUGACCAAACCCUCACAACUGCAGCUCAUAGCGAAUGUGACGGAUCCGGCAGCGAGGGCGUACACGGUGCCGGGGCUGAGUCUGGGCUCCUAUAAGUUCACAGUGAAGGCGUAUACUUCAGCGGGAGAAGGGGGCGGAGCAACCGUGGCCAUUAAAAUCGAGUCCAACAGUGAUAUGCUGGUGAUGCAGAUUAUGGUGGCGUUGGGAGUGAUGUCCUUUACACUGAUCGUCGUUAGCGCCUUCUGCUACAGGAAGAGAGAAUGGGUGAAGAAAGCUUUCUACCCUGAGAUUCCUGGACCCAAACUGACUGGUGAUUGGUCAGCUCCUCCGGCUCCUCUGGACGUGAAGCCGCCGCCCCACAGCCUGGUGCACAUCGUGGAGAGUCCGGAGUGGAAGGCGGGGCUGUUCCCGGUGCCGGAGGAGGAGGAGUCUUACGAUAACGGUGACGAGAACGUGGAGGCGGAUACGGACUCGGACGAACCCGCCCUCCUCCGAUACUACAACCAGCUGGUCACCGACGGCUCCCACAGCGGCCAAUCAGACACCUCCGGCUCCUCCACCGGCUCCGUGGACUCGGCUCAGACGCAGGUGACCUACACCGGCAUCCAGAGCCCCACCCCCUCGCAGUGGACGCCCGCCCACGGGUACCGCCCUCAGAUGCAGCCUGCGGAGGGCAGAGAGGAGCCGGGGGCGGGGUUGGAGACGGGGGCGGAGCCGGAAAGCCCGGGCGUCGGGUACAAGCCGCAGUGCUCCUGGCAGCCGGACUCUCCGGGGGCGGAGAACUUUGGCGGGUGUUUGGGAAGCCCCACCUCCGUAACCUCCUCUCAGUUCCUCAUCCCCGAAACCGCCGAGGAUCAUCCAGAACCUUCAGGAACCUGGUUCCAGAACCUCCUCUCUGGGAAGUUCUGAGUGGGCGGGGCUUCAUCAGGACUUACCUCCAUUUAAGCUUCAGAGUGUGGUGCUUUUCUGACUCUCCAUCUCUACCUGACGCCAGGUUCACCCCGGAACUUCCUGCACCGGGUCACUCGUGUUUAUAUUCUGUUGAAAAGCCGCUGGAGUUUAGAGACGAGGACGAACCCGUCCACUUCUCAUUUCAGAACGAGGAAGAGAAAAAGAGAGAGAGAGAGAGAUGAUAGGGAGGUGAAACACUACUGAAAAGCUAUUAAAGCUGCCUGAGCUCUAACAUUAUAUAUAUUAUAAUUAACUCUAACCUGCAGAGGGCGCUGUUCUCAAUCGCUUACGGUCAGUUCGUGCUCCUGUUCUCUGCGUCGUAAUCUACGCACAUCCUAAAGUGUAAACCCUACACUGCACCCUCUACUGGUGAGAAUCACAGGGCAUCACGUUACAAUAUCAUCACAUUUAUAUGUUGCCCACGGUAACGGUGACAUCACGCUACUGUGAUUCUGUGAUAUUUAGUUUAUGAUGAAUACUUUUAAAAUAAUCUAAUUAUUUGUGUAAUUUUCCCCAAAUUUUAACAACCGAUAUUCCGUAUCACAGGUUUAUUAACCCUGUUCAUCUGAUUAUAGCGCCACCAUGUGGAGUAAUGAAGCAGUAACUUUAGAAUAAAGUCAAUAAAAAAUAAAAAAUGUAUUUAAAGCCACGUAUCACAAACAAAAACAACACAAUAUAUCGCAAUAUCGAUAUUUUGUCAUAGCCUGAUGGGAACCUCCCCACAAAUGUUGCCACACAUUAGGGCUGGACGAAAAAUUGUAUUACGAUAUUUAAAGAAAUUUUACAAUACACGAUAUUUACUGUCAUAUUUUUAUAUACAGGAGAUUCUUAAAUACAAUGAAUAAAUGCUGCAAUUAUUUAUAUACAGCCCAUCGUCCACCCCAUUUUGUGAAGGUAUAUAUUUAGAAGGGGUGGAUCGUAAAAAAAAAUGGCUAAUAGACAAGACAAGGAAGAAGGAACAACAUAUAUAAUAUAGACAGUGAGAAUCUGACUGUAUCAGUGAUUUUAUUGUAAAUAUUCUGCUCUUCAUUCAGAUAAACAGCAUUAAUGAGGCUCUCUGUGCUGUACUGUCAGUGUGUUUUUAAGCACUGAUAAAAUCCUCUAUCAUAGUCACGCUAAAGCAUAAGUGUAAAUGCUCACAGCGGCGUAGGUCAGUCAGGCUGUGCAGGAUAUGAUAUAGAAUCUCGAUCUCAGGAGUGUAACUCGGCCGUUAUCGUGUCUCAGCAGCUCUGCAGGCUUCUCCCGAGCGCAGUUUUCCGCAGUAUUACCCGUUUAGCUCUGGAUUCAACCCGGGCACGUCAUAUUAGUCUUUAUAUAAGCUCACUGAUCACUAACGCUGGUGAUUGGUUCAGACAUUAUUUUCAUUUCACACGUCCCCAGUGCCAGCUCACUAUAGCUGCUUUUCCACUGCAGGGCUGAACAGUUCGGAGUCUUUGCUGACUGUUGGCGUGUGUCUAGGUUGUAUUCAGUCAGUGGAGCUCCUGUGUUUUCUGAACUCACCUCAUUUCCAGAACACCACGCCCAUCAGUGUAGAUAUAUUCAGAAGUUGAUGUUUAAAUAACGAUUGGUCCCUGCAGUGGAAAAAGACAUAUGAAGCGUCCCCAGUUUCAAGUCCUCUCAGCUACACUACAGUGUGCUUUAGAUUUCAUUUUUUAUUAAAGUAAAGUCAGUAUUUUCCUGUUAUUUUCCUGCGACCUGAUUGGUGAAGUGUUACAGGUGAAGCGUAUAUGAGCUAUAUUCGCCUGUUUCCUCUCAAUCUCAUCAAACGUUUACAUUUCACACUCGUCCACUACAUUAAUCACGCACUUCUUUAUGUGUAAAUCCAAAGAGUGAUCAGACUCUGUGUAAAAAGGUCAUUCAGAUGUUUCUCCUGCAGAUACUGUAAUACUCCACAGCGAGAGUAUAGUGUACAGUAGUGGCGAACGGAAGCAGACGUCUGGAGCUCUAAGCCCCGCCCCCACAGGAAGUUAUUACACCACAUGGUUAUGAAUUCACUGCCUGAUGCCUGAUGCUACCUACAGAAUGUAUUGUACAGUUAUGAAUUUAAAACAAUAUGUAGAUUUAUCGUGUCUCUAUUAUACUGAACAAAUGUAUGAUCAUACAGCUCCCAGUGCGCUCAGAUUUAUCAGAUUAGAAGUCAUUAAUUCUAUAUAUAAUUUUGCCUAAAAUAAGACCUGCUUAUUUGAAUAACCCCGCCCCUUGUUAUUGGCCAGUUCCUGUGCAGAUAUGAACAUAGAUAUUCCUAUAAAUAUGAAAUUACUCUCAGACCUGUUCUCUAGAUUUACCAUAUUUAACACUAAUACUAAACACUAAUACUCAUAUUAAUAAUGUGGCAUUACCUACACACUCACACUCACACACACACCUCACACACACCUCUCACACACCUCACACACUCACACACACUGAGAUAGUUACACUACUGUGAAGGUCUUUCAGGUCUUGCUCUGCUGUUACUGCCUAUAUUCCCAUUAUCUGUAACCAACAGACUCUAAAUUAGUCAGAAACGUGAGGGGGUUCUAGAGCCUCACUGAGCCGACCCCAGGCCUGACUGUGGCCCAACUCAAGGCCGAAUUGUGUCCUGGCUGUGGUCCGGCUGGCCUAACCCAAGGCCCAUCUGUGGCCUAACUAUGGUCCUGGUUAUGUCCUAGGCUGUGACCCAACUUUGGCCCAACUGUGUCCAAGCUAUGACCCAGGCCCGACUGUGGCCCAACUCAAGGCCAAACUGUGGCCCAGCCGUAUCCUGACUGUGGUUCAGCUGUGGCCCAACUCAACGCCCAUCUGUAUCCUGGCUUUGGCAAAACUGUCCUGGCAGUGGCCCAACUGUGGUCUAACUGUGGUCCAACUUUGGCCCAUUUAUGACCCAAGGCCCAACCAUGUCCCGAAGGCAGAGAGCAGAUGUUGGGAGUUGAUCUCAGUUACUGAAGCUUUAGCGUACUACUGGGAGACGUUUAUAUUUUUAUUUUAAUGUUGAAAUGGUUACUAAUGUCAUGUUAUUUUUGUAGAGAUGGAUAAUUCAGCACUUUCGCUUUUGUUCUUGCAUUCAUAUACAAAUGUGCUUAUUAUUUUUGUAUAAUGUUUUAUUUGUGUGUGUGUGUUGUGUAGAAUGGUGAGCACGCUGUGGAGCUGGAGUCGUGGGUUAUGAGUUAACUCUAGAGCUGGACGAUAUGGAGAAAACUCAUAUCACUGUUUAUAUUUUCAUUUCAGUAGAUAUGAUAUAAUUCUGAUAAUGUUAUGAACAAAUUACAGGCCAUAGAAAAAUCUCCAUACGGUCACGAUUAUGAAACUUUCUGUUACAGUAUGUACUGUAUAUUGAUAAAGAUAUUGAUACAGAUAUUGAUUUAGAGUAAUUAAUCAGGGUUCUGAACUGGAGCUGGUUGGUCUGGGUAACCCGUGGUUCAGCUCCACGGCGCUGCUGCCGGACUGCAGAUAUAACUGUGAAUUGAAGGAGAAGAGAGACUCUUUAAGCUUAUAGGUCAGACCCCGGUUAGCCCCUCCCCCUAAGUCCCGGCCUGAGGUCGGCCUAGAGCUGCAGUCCCACUGUGGAAACACUUUAUACAACAAUGGUCCAUUAUAGACCCCUCAUAGAGGCUCAACUAACAUUCAACUGUUCCAAUAGUGCACUGAAGUCGUGCGUCAUUCUGUGCUCCUCGUACGGCGUCCGUGUCUAGGCGUUUUUUUUCUCUGUGAUGAAUGAAUGGGUUUUUUAAAAACACAUCUCUGUUGCAUUCUGUGGUAAAUAAAUAUGUUCAGACCCCUGUAUGUUUUAUUCUGUGUACAUUUUCCUCCUAAAUAUCAUCCUCUGAACUACCAGAUCGUUUAAGAGUCAUGAGAAAAAUGCUAACUUUAAGCUAAUGCUACAGCAGCUGCAGAGAUCGGCAGGGGACUCUUUUCGGCGCAACACCAGUGAACUCAUAAGUAGUUUACAGCAUAUUUACAAUAUAUUACGCACAGUUAAUCCAACUAAUGAAUGAACUGCCCUUUUUGAGGAGAGCUGAGAGUGUUAAAGCAGGAAAUCACCAAAACAGCAGCACAGAGUUACUCUGUACUUUAAACUCUGUAACACGUUUAAUCAUUUACUCUUUUUAUUACUCAGUGUAAUAAAUUAGAGAUGUUUGUUGUUUCUGGCUCGCUGUUUUAUUACAUUAAGCCACGUUUAGAUUUGUCC